UCUUUAUAUAAGCCGGUGUCAGUUUGAUUAAUAAAGAAGGUUAAUAUUGUGUGUGUGUGUGUGUGUGUGUGUGACACUAAAGGUACUCCCUCGGGUCGACGCAGGACAAAGGAGACAGAAUGGCCGAGGCUGACGGCAAAUCCACUGUGCUUAACGGUGGCUCUGACGAAAAAGAACCUGGAGAAGACCAGCACAAGGAGGAAGAUGCCUCUGGAAGCAAAGAGGGACAAACACAGUCUUCAUCUCAAGAUGCUCCCAGAGAAACAGGAGAGGCGUCCGGAGACAAGCCUAUGCCGGAUGUGGAAGGAGAGACAGGGACAAACGGAGAGGAGGAGGAGGAGGAAGACACAGACAGCAUGGAUGGCAGCGGCCUUUACUCCCUGACUGAGGACGGUGAGAGAGAGAGCGAGGGAGGGAGACGAGAGAGAGCAAAGAACAAAGACGGUGGGAAAAGGGCGGCUAGAAAGAGGAAUAGACCUGACACUAAUCACUCCACCAGCUCAGACGAGGAUGACGACGAGGACGACGAGGAAGAACAGAAAGAUGACGAAGACGAUGACGAGGACAUGGAGGCGUGGCUGGGAGCAGAGCUUUCUGACCUGCGUGGCCCCGUAUGGCGGGCGGUACCCUCGCUGCGCUCCAGGGAGAUCGGCAGGAACUCGCACCAGUUUGUGAGGCGUGUGUGUGGAGCCCGUGGUCUCGUGCAGAGGCUGGAGCUCCAGGGCCGACUGGAGAGGCACACGGGCUGCGUCAACACGUUGCACUUCAACCCCUCGGGCACACGCCUGGCUUCAGGCAGCGAUGACCUGCGGGUGGUGAUCUGGGACUGGGCUGUCCGCCGGGCUGAGCUGGAGUUUGACAGCGGCCACAAGAGCAAUGUCUUUCAGGCAAAGUUCCUGCCUCACAGUGGAGACUCCACCUUGGCCAUGUGUGCUCGAGAUGGUCAGAUCAGAGUGGCUGAGCUCUCUGCCACACAGCGUUGCAAGAACACCAAGCGGGUAGCACAGCAUAAAGGUGCAGCCCACAAGCUUGCCCUUGAGCCAGAUUCCCCCUGCUCCUUUCUGUCUGCUGGCGAGGAUGCUGUGGUGUUUGGUAUUGACCUGCGUCUAGACCGCCCCGCCAAUAAACUGGUGGUUGUAAAGGAGGGUGAUAAAAAAGUAGGACUGUACACCAUCUUUGUCAACCCUGCAAAGACACAACACUUCGCUGUGGGCGGAAGAGAUCAGUAUGUGAGGAUCUACGACCAGAGGAAGAUUAAUGAGAAUGAUAACAAUGGAGUUCUGAAAAAGUUUUGUCCUUCCCAUCUGGUAUCCAGUGAGUCCAAAACCAACAUAACCUGCCUUGUGUACAGUCACGAUGGCACAGAGCUCCUGGCCAGUUACAAUGACGAGGACAUCUACCUGUUUGACUCCAACCACAGUGAUGGAGCUGACUACCGCAGGAGAUACAAGGGACACCGCAAUAAUGCUACAGUGAAGGGGGUGAACUUCUAUGGGCCAUGCAGUGAGUUUGUGGUUAGUGGCAGUGACUGCGGACACAUCUACCUGUGGGACAAGUACUCCGCUCGCAUCGUCCAGUUCAUGGAGGGAGAUAGAGGAGGAGUGGUGAACUGUUUGGAGCCACAUCCCCAUUUGCCAGGUAUGGCCACCAGUGGGCUGGACCACGACAUCAAACUGUGGGCCCCCACAGCUGAAACCCCCACAGGACUCAAGGGUCUAAAAGAGGUGAUGAAGAAAAACAAGCGGGAGCGCGAUGAGGACAGCGUGCGCCACGGUGACCAGUAUGACACCCAGCUGCUGUGGUUCCUGAUGAGACACAUGAGGAACAGACGGCCCCCAAGGGCCCGCCGCGAGGGUGCAGAUGCAGACACAGAUGAGUCCUGGAGCUCUCCAGAUUCCUCCGAUGAAGAGGAAGGGGGUCCAGACCACGUCCAGUGCAUGUCUUCCUGAGCCACACACAUACAUACUUAGACACAUACACACACACACACACACACACACACAUACAUACACACUUUAUUGCCCUUGAAUUGAUGCACAUAGGCAAGCACUAUUGACACACUGGCACACUCAAACACUGACGAGCCACAGACUGGAGGUGUUUUAUUUUUUUUACACACAUACGAACUCAUACAGAUAAACACACACAUUUACUUAAACAUAGUUUUGAAGCAGAGUGACAGAGAUGCUUAAACGCCUGGUUUCCCAGCAGUUGUGAGUGUGCAAACGGUGACUACAGACUGCAUACACACUUCCAGAUUUUUGAGAAUUGUACAAAGAGGUUUAGUGAGUGCUUACAUCCCUAUAAACCACUUGGAGGGUCCCCCUCUGCUUGUCCAUACAUUAUCUAUAUGCUCUGCCUAGCCCCAGAACAGAACAUUGUACUGUGCGUGUAUGGCAACAAGCACCUUCUCUUUAGGCACCCCGUAGGAAGCUAUACAGCACCAGCACACACCAGCAUCCCCCCCUCCCCUUCUCUUAGUAACACACUUCUUGCUCUCAAACUUUAUGUACUGAGGAAGGCGAGAAGGGUGUAGAAUGGUACCCUAAAACAAACCCCUCAAUGUGACUUCCUUUAAUUUGAACGUACAGAGGGGAAACUCCAGCAUCGCCCCCAGUCUCAUACUGAAUUCUGGCCCUGAGCUUGUGCAGCUAGUUGCAUUUUUCACCGGUUUUCUUUCCGAGGACUACUAAAAUCCCUACAUGCUGCAUCACCCUACAUGCUGCCCUCAGCUAAUCCCUCCCCUCCUCUCCCCGUCACCCUCUCCCCUCACUACUGAGUGCACUUUGAAUCAGGGAUGCUUUAGUUUGAGACACAGACAAAAACGUGCACUGAGUGUGUGAUCCAUGGGGGGGAAGAGCUGUUCUCUAGUCUUGUAUCUCUCCUUUUGAAAACCUACAGUGAAGUUUAGUUUGUUUCUUUGAAUUUUUCGAGCGGGGGGGGGAUAUUUUGCACUUGAGCGUUUUUUCGACAAAGGAAGAGGAGGUUUCUUUUGCUUCCACCAGCCUUUCCUCCUCCUCAUUCCUCUUCUUCUUCAUCCCCUCAGUCUUCACCCCUGACACCCAUCUUUGACAGGAAAUCUUUAGUUCAACUCUCUAGUUGAACAUUAAAAUCCAGAGGCAGAUGGUGUUCAGCAUGUGCAUAGGAUACGAGAGCUGUUGUUGGGUUCUUUUGGGGAACUGUGUGAUUUUUUAUAGAGCCAGAACCGACCUGGAUCAAAUCGUUAUCGAAAGGCUGCCUAUGUGCCAACGGAGAUUGGACUAACAAAGGUCCAUGUGUAAAAUCGGUCUGUGAUGCUUACAGUCUCAAAUCAAUUGCUAAGUAACAUUUCUCAGACAAACAUUUGAACCAGGUCAGUUGUUUGCAGCCAGCACAUCACUUGUGAGGAAAUUUCCACCUGUGCUGUAUUAACGUCAGCUCAAAGAGGAGGACAGAGGGGGCGGUAGGGUCAAUAUGCUUGCCAGUCAUUUGUUGUGUGAGAGCGAUAAAGUCCAGCUUUUCUCAUUUUCUAUGAGAACUCUAGUUAGUUGAAUUUAUAUGUACAUAUAUAAAUAUAUAUUAAAACUGUAAAAAAAAAAAAUGCUGUUUGACUUCAAAAAAAAGAAGAAAAAAAGAUGUCAAAACAUUUGAUUGGUAUUGAUGCAGAGGUUUAUAUUCUAUAUGAGGACAAAAUACUUUUAAAAUCCAGAGAAAAAGAAGUUGACUUCAGGCACCAUUUUUGUUCAGUUUCUCCUCCUAUGAAUGACAUCCCUCUGUUAUGAACAGAACCUGCUGUCAUUUCAAGUAUUAAAGUUUUGAUUCUCUUUCUUGUUCAAGAAGAAAAAAAAAACAGUAUUUCCUUUCUAGAUCUUAAUCCAUCAUUUGAGACGGUUAUAUCCAGAUUUUCCCACUGGCUAUUUUUGGCAUCUUGUAUACAUAAUAAGGCUUUUGAUGAACAAUUUCUUUUCCACCACUGCCUAAUAUUGCGUUCUACCAGGUCAGUUGGAAAUAUGUACGAUUCGUGCAAUAAACAAAAAGACAGUG